AAACACAACAAAUGACAGUUGGCCAGCAGACUGGGUUUGCCGUCGCAUGACACUUUAUUUUAGAGGAUGAAUUUUUAUUUUAAUGAUGUGAAGAACUAGCGGACAGACACAGGGCCGUGUGGGGAGACAUAAAUGAGCAUAAAUCCAUCGUUACGGACGAAGAUCUGGGGAUUAGCCUAGCUUAGCAAAAAUAGGUUUUAUCAACAGACACUGGUUUUGCUUUCCUAAAAGCUCUGUGGAUACCAUGUUUACCCUAUAAGACAUUCAGAUGGCUACUUGACUGAACCCAUUUUCUAACAGGAAAUAUAUUAAACGCUUUUUUAUAUGUGUAAAGGGUCGUUUUUAUCUUGGCAGCACAGACGGGACUUAACUCGCUGUUCAGCUGCUGCUUGUUUAUCUUGAAAACGGAAGAUGACCUGUUGUUUUAAGGUGAUCGUUGUUUCCACCGGGACGCUCCUCGGAGGACUGUGUGCGACUGUAGUCUGAGCUGAUGGGAUCAGGCCGCUGAAAUGGAGGCUGUGAGACCAAAGAAAACAAAAACCAGCGGGAAAUCUCAGUUGGGCAAGAAGCAGAAGCAAGAUGAAGAUAAAAAAUCACAAACUCCAUCUGAUGUCUGCUUUGAGGCAUCCACCUCUGGCUUCACUGAGAUCCCUCUCAGUCUGCCCCCUUGUCCACCUCAGGAGGCCAAAGAGGAGCAGCAGAAUCCUGUCCAAACCAUCGACACAGCAGCACAGCCAUCAGAACUGACCAGAGAGAAACAAGAGACCUCCGAAGCACAGACUGAAAAUAUAUCAGAGUUGACUGAGACUCUAGAGUUAGGUCUGAAUCUGUCAGCAGAGGUGCCAAACAGGGAAGAAAAGGAAGACGAUAGGGUGGAAGGUCAGGGUCCUGAGCUCGAAGCUGCAUCACAAACCAAGAAGUCAGAAAAAGACGUGCAGGUGUGGAAACAACCUUUUGUGACUGCUCAGUUUGGCAACCCAAGUGCUCCAGCGCUGUACCCAUCCCUUCCAGCUCUGGAGGAGGAUUCUGUGAUGCAGAUCUAUGAGAAAGCUGUGAAAAACUGUGCGAGGGAACCUGCAGUGUUGGCACUACCGGAGCAAGAAUCCUCUCCCCUGAGUUUGCAGCCUGUGAAGUCUGUAGCUGAGCUUUCAAAGAGCAAACUGUACCCAGAAUUGCCCAAAACAGCCCCAGAGAUGCAGGCGUUUUCAUUGGAGCAGCUGAGUGUGUGGGAGCCAGGCAAAGGGCUGCAAACUUGGCUCGAAGGUGUUGAGGUUUGUGCUGCCCAGUUCUGUGCUCUGGCCCAUCAGGAGAACCAUGAACUGACAGAACUGCUGCAGAACUACUGGCGCUGCCGCAGACAGCUGAACCAGUCGCACACGCAGCUCCACACUCAGUCUUCUGACUGCAAGAGCACACAGAAUCGCCUCUGGAGCUUCAGAGAUGAACAGCUCACUCUUCAGGGUGUGUGUGCAGACCAGAAUAAGGUUUGUGGGUACCAUCGUUUCCAGCAGGCAGAGUUUAGUCAGAGUGUUCUGGCAGAGCUGCGGGUGCUGUUUGAUGUUUGCAGUGAGCUCCUCCACCAGAAGGUGGUGCUGCAUGCCUAUACUGCUCUGCUGUCCCGGCUGCAGGUCGAAUCCUAUUUGUAUCGCCUACUAAAAGAUUGCUCUGAAAACCAAACCCAGCCUUGUUCUCUCCAGCCUCUAAAAGAGGCCAUCAGCGUCCUUUUUAGCUUCACACGUAGAGUCCUUGAUGACGCACAGUUCCAGACAGAUAUCCAUCAGUGGCUGGAGAGGCUGGUUGUUGUCCUGUUGCGUAUUGGAAGGGCUGGGGAGCACCUUUACCUGCUGUGCCAUCUUCUCUGCUGUCCUGCUGGGGUGGGAAAGUGGGCGGCACCAUUCCUUCAGAUUCAAGUUUUGGGGAACAUUGCUGGAGUGCAACAUUUUAUGCAAGCCUUAGCCAUCUUAAUGUCGCCUGCCAGGCACCGUGCAGAGUUUCUGGGUCAUAUGAAGCCCUGUGAGAGCCAAAGUUCUGCAGCUUCAGGACCUGGGUCUAGCAACUGGACCCUGGUUGAUGAAGGUGGAGAGGAGGACGAGGAUCCAGAGAGCAGCUGGCUGCUGCUCUGUGAGGAAGAUCUGAUCUCCCUGCUGAGCCAGUUCCCCUUCCAGCAGCUCUACUCACACAUGCUGGGAAUGAGCAAACAGGGUUUGUACGAGCCUCAGGCCUGCUCCAGUCAGAAGAUGAUGCGUGUCUUUGCCUUUGCCUCCUCGCUCAUUGAAAUUCUCGCCCUUGGCCUCCAAACCUACAACAGAGCGCGUUACAGGCAACUCGUCAAACGAAUAGGACGCAUCAUCCGAAUGACGGUGUGUUACGUCAGUGACCACUGGGCCCAGUAUGUGAGUGUGACCGGUGCUGGUGGAUCCAGCUCUCAUGUUUACUCCUUAACUCUGGAAAAACUGCAGCUGGAAUACGAUCAUCUCUUCUUUAGAGCUGUUUUACACGUUCUAAGAAACAAAAGGUUGGGCAUAUGGUUGUUUAUGUCUGAAAUGCCCUACGGGACUUUGUCCAGCUCUAUGCUUUGGAAGGUCCUUUAUGUCAUGCAGUGUGCAGAAACAGCAGGACUAGAAACUCUCAACACUAUUGGUGACACACAAUCCUGCAUUCAGGCUCUCAGAGACCUGAAGCACCAGGAGAGAUUUGAGGGGUGGUUGUGUGAAGUGAACAGCUCUGAUGGCAUCUCCCUCCUCACUGCACUGGCACACAUGGCGACACCCACUCAGCACUUUGACCCUGCAUUCAUCACAACCUUAACUUUGCUUAUCUACCAGGUGUCCUAUGUUAGUAUGUCCACCAGAGAAACUUACUCUAAGGUGGGGAGGGAGCUGCUGGCUGCCAUAGCAACAGCCCAUCCCUAUAUCAUGUCUGUGCUCCUGGGGAGAUUGAGAGACACCAUCCAGACUGUGGGAAUGAUGGCACUGUACCUUUGUAAGGAACUUCCUCUGAGUUUGUGGAAGCCGCAGCGAGAGGAAAUAUCCAUGAUUGGAGCCUGGCUGCUCCAGAACCCGCUUUCUGCAGUGGAGAACAGACUGGCUUGUGUUAUCCUGGAGGGUCUGAACUGGGGUUACGCUCAGGACGGUUCUUUGGCGCUGGCUUCUGUCCUCCACAGUGAGGUAGCUCUGCUGGUGGCUGAAUCCUAUCAGAAAUACCUCACAGACAAACCAUACAGUGGCCUCAUAUCCGAGGGAAUUAAACAGGUGUCUUAUCUAGCCAGCGUUCUUCGCCUGGGCGUGUCUCAAGAAGCAUCCUUUAGUCAGUGGGCUUGGCAGCUGUUGCUGAGGCUGAAGCUCCAUGGUAACGCCCAGACCCCCAAAGGAGGCUGGACGGUCCCAGCCUUGGCUUCCAACCCACCUCCAGAACUUACUCAUGCUCCCAGCAUGCACUCUGUUCUCAGGGCUGUAAAAGCUGGCCUCCCGAUUGGUUGCUACCUGUCACUUGCCAUGACAACAGUAGGACACAGUCUGGAAAAUUUCUGCACGGAUGGAGUUGAGUUGUUAAAAAGUCUGAUUCAGUCUCGCUACCUAAGAGCAGCUGUGCGUCUGCUGGAUAACAUCCUGCCACCAACCUACCCUCUGAGCUUCUACCUCCUGAACAACUCUCACUUUGUCAGCUGCAUCCAGCUGUUCUUGCAGUACGACAGUGUAUGUCCUCAAGGUGUGACGCAGCAGGUCACACACCGGGUGGCGCCGCUGCUCACAGGAACCAACUACGGGGACAAUGUCCGUCUGCUCAACAGCGUUAUUCAGAGUCACGUGGUGGAGAGUUCCCGGCCCGAUCGUGUUGGCGCCGCCGCCGUGUUGGAGUUUUGGGUGGGAAUUUUGACUCAGCAGAAUCUGUGGUAUCGUGACAAAACGGUCCUGUUCCUCAUGGAUCAGAUCUGCUGUGCUGCCUUUAUUCACCACCAGCAAGAAUGUGUGCAGAAGCUGAUGUACCAGCAGUAUAAGAAUGCUUUGGGUUACCAUGGAGAUCGGGGUCUGCUCUCCUCCCUGGUUGGCUGGAUUGCUGGAAAUGCCACGCCAUCCUUCAUCGACGGCCAGUCCCUGAGUGGAGAAGUUUGGUUUGCGUGGCUCGUCCUGAACACGGAGGGCAUGUUUGAGGAAGAGUCUCAGCUGAGACGCUGUGUUGAGAAUGAGCUGCUGUCUGAGCCCAGCAUCUCCCCUGAUCAAGCCUUAAAGAAGGCGCAGCAGAAACUGAAGUUGCCUGUAGCCCCGUCUCUGCAGCGCCUCCAGGUGUAUCGAUGGGCUUGUCAAGCCUUGGCCACACCACCAGACCACCCCCUUCUUCCCCUCAUCUGGCAGAAAUUCCUGCAACUCUAUCUCAGACAGCCUGGACCAGAAUACGGACUGGCUGCUGGGGGCUGCAUUGGCAGAAGGUUUUUCCAGGCUUCUUCUCAGGUUGCUUUGCUAAAAGAUCUGAGGCAGAGAAUACAAGAGGUGUCUGAUUUCCACCAUAUAGCCAGCCAGGCUCUCAGGGUACAUCCAUCACCACCUACACCUUCAUCAGAGAGCCAGGACGAUGAAAGCCCCAAUAAUCCCCAACCACCUUACCUCACCUCUCCUCAGCUCCACUCAGAACUUGUUAGGCUGUUUGGUGUGUUUGCUUUGUGGUUGGAUGAUGAGACUCUGCAAAAGCAGGAGGUGUACCUUCCCUCUCUUCCACCAGAGUAUGAGCCUCACAGACUGGCACAGGUCAUGCAGCAGCAGCAGGAACUGUGGCUUGAGUACCUGGACCAGGAGCGUCUGCAGUAUGAUGAGCGAGAGGUGUUGUCUCUAUGGGAGAAGGUGCAAAGUGAGCCAAUGUUCCUGCAGACCCAGAACCUGGGCUUCACUGACUACACCAGCCUGAGCAACGCACGACAGCGCAUCAUGUCCAACCUGGAGAAGCACACUGUUCCCCUUCCAGCUCCUGAGCUCCAGGAGCUUCAGGCUCCAGUGGCUGAGGUUCCCCCUUCCUGCCUCACUGACUCUAAAGCUUCUGCUAAACUUGUACAACAGGACCUCAGGGUUUUACAGGACCAGGCCAGGGUUGCAGUUGCACGUGAAGCACAGCAGGUGGCAAUGGAGCAAGAACUGUUGGAGGGCCUUCCUUUGCUCUUCAAGAACCGACCAGAGCAAGUUAACAUGGCCCUGGAGUGUAAAGGAAAGGGCGGGCAGCUGUGUCAGGGAGCCGCAAACAUCACUGUCACUUGUGAGCGUGUCCAGAGACAGGAGGCGGUGCACAACCAGAUAACAUCACUGCGUAGAGACAUCAAGAUGCUGCAGACUGAUGCUAUGGCUCCUCCACCUCAGAGCCUGGCCCAAGCGGCAGUCCACACUGAGAACUUCAUCACGGCUCUGGUGAAUAUUUAUACAGUACAGCAAUCUCCAGCGGUGCUGCAAGUUGGUGUGUCCGCCUUUUACCAGGUGGUCUCUUUUGUGUGUGAGGACACCCUUCGACACCCUCCAACACGGCAAUAUCUCUCAUCAUGUGUGGAGAUACUUGGACAGGUUUUUAUCCAGGGCAAUGCAAAAGAGUGUGGUCGUGUCCUGAAAACCAUCCUCGAGCAGAGGCUCCUUUGUCCCCUCAUUUCCCCUUUCUUCACUCCAAACGCAGCCCCUGAUCAGUUUGUCUUCCUCUACCAAGACGUGGUGACGUCCCUUCACCUCGACACUGCUGAUGUCAUUUUCAUGCUACUCACUAAGUUCGACUUGUCCCACUGGUUAAACGAGGCUCAUCCUGUGUUUUCGGAGAGGACUCGUUUGCUGGAGCUUGUCCACGGAGCUCUGUGUGUCUGCGGCCGAGACCCUGAGCCAGAACUUCUCACGCCUUUGCACCUCUUUGCCAAACACUGGACCUUGCUUUUACGCCACCAUUUUCCCGACCAUUACAGUGACUGUCUGCGUCUGCUAAUGACCAGUUCUGCAGACCAGCUGCUGAGUCCAGAGUGCUGGAAAGUGACGCUGCGAGUGCUGGGCUGCUUACCUCCAUCCCGCAGCACUAAGAGCAAACCUGAACAGUCGUUCAGCUCUGCAGUCGGAGCCCCAGCUUCUCCUCAUAGAUCCCCCAUUAGCCUCUCUCCUCAGCAGAUGGAGGAGACAGUCAACUGGCUGAGUGACUACUUUUUGCGAAGUCGCCUCAGUAAGGCCGACCUCCGCAGCUUUGGCCUCUACUCUGCCUGGGUUCCCUACAUGAGCGAGGUUGUUACCUUCUGGGAACAUCUGAUAGGUUGCCUUAUAAACACACAGGUCAGCAGCUGCACCAGAGAGCCAGUAGGCGGCAGCAAAGUAAUCAAAGCCCUGCAGGAUUUGCACAGUAAGCUUGUGAAGUUGUUUAAGCCGUGGAUCUUUCCUCUGGACACGACUGAUGGAGGUAACGCGAGGUGUUACCCCUGGCUGGAGACCGAUGCAAGUGCAGCAGGAUGUCUGGUCAGUCUGUACGUUCAGCUCACAGAAACACUUCAUCAGAAAUUCAGGGAGCGCCUGCUGCCUGGUCAGAGAGGUGCUCUGUGGCUUUGUUUAAUGCAGUACUGUGAGAGCUGCACCUCCCCCCGUACACCUGAGUAUCUGCUGUACCUGUACCACACACACCUCCGCAGCCUGCCCUGGAGACACCUGCAUCCUGACACUAAGCUCAUGGAGCAUCUUUUCAAUGUGGAGAGAGGAAGUCCCAAGAGCUGCUUCCUUUUUAUGGGUGAACUGAUGUGUGAAGUAAACUGGAUCAGUGUUUUAAGCAACCACUUAGAAACGCCUCCCAGCGCUACAGCAUACCCGGCUCUGUCAGGUGUGGUCAUGCAGAAGGACUUGCACACCAUGUUGGUCUAUGUGUUAUACAUGCUGGUGUUUCUGACCAAAGAAGAUGAGCUCCUCAGUAAACAAGACUCCCCUCUGCUCAGUCUGCUGGUUCAGUGCACCUCUCUGCCCUGGUACCAACUGGAUCUGUCUUCGUACCAAGGCAUUCUGGAAUAUGUAGCCACCCACUAUCCACCAUCUCUGGUGCUCAGUGCUGAUUCUGCCCCACAGCUGCUCCUGAAAUUACUUCGUAGUGCUGCGGGGCUCCAUCCACAUCCCAGUGAGGCUCCUCACCAGGAGGAGACUCUGAAGGCCGGAUGCUACGUCUCAUGGUCUGUGAAGUCACUGGUGACACUGGAACAAGGAGGUGGGAUCAAUCUUAGCAGCCUGGAGGCUCAGCUAGAGACACUUCUGGAAACCGUUGUUACAUUCAACCCACCAGAGGUGGGUUUAGAGCAGAGGCACAUGGCGUUCUGCGGUCUUUUCAGCAACGCCUUGACUUUGCUCAAUGGAGUGGGGGUGUCAGCAGGUGAGGCGCUGGCUGCUUACGUCAUUACCUGGCUGGACAGGAAGGGGAGGGGCUGUCCGAUUCUGCCUUUGCUCACAGCCUGCUCCCAGUGUCUUGCAUCAGUGCGACACAUGACGCGCAUCAUGGAGGCAUGCAUUACAGCAUACUUCAACCAUGCUGAGGAAGAGUCUGUAGGUUGGGGCCCUGUGUUGGUGUCGCUACAGGUGCCUGAGCUCACAAUGGAUGACUUCCUCUCUGAAAGCCAAUCAGGAGGCAGCUUCCUGACGCUCUAUGCCUUCAUCUUGCAACGCCUCAAUAGCGAAUACACAGCAGCCAAUGAGAGGAGGAUCCUGGCUCUCAUUAACACAUGGACCAUGCAGGUCUUCCCCAGCGGUCCAGGUGAUGAAGCUAAGCUGUUCCUUUGGUGGCACAAAGCUCUGAACCUGUCUGUGGAGCAGCUGCAGCCGCAGGCAGGAAACACUGAAGUGUCAGGGGUCGUCAUGGGACUGUUGCGGCUCCAGAACAGACUGCUUCAGCUGGGAGAAGAUAGACUGAACUCUGGGCUGCUUGGAGCCAUAGGCCUUGGGAAGAGAUCCCCUGUUUCUAAUAAAUUCAGGGUGGUGGUCCGCUGCCUGGCAGCAUUCCUGUCCAUCCAGGUGCCAUCAGAGAGCGAGCUUCGACUCCAACCCACCACAGACUUACAGCUUUCUGUAAAAGCACAACAGAUGUUGGGGAUGCUGGAGACCAUGUCUGGCAAUAAGCAGUACGCUGAGGUACAGGAGGCUUUAAAUAAAGCAAUCCAGUUCAUCCGUUACCCAGGGCACUGUUUCAAAGAUGGACCCCGCCUCCUGGCCCUGGUGGUCAACCUUCUGUACUGGGACCUCAGAUAUCUGCACGUCAUCCGUUUACCUUGACUUUUCACUCUGGCAAGCAGGCAAAAUGUAAAGGACUUUAGGCUCCUGCUGCUAAAACAGCGAGAGUAAACAUCUGGGGAGACAAAAAGAACAUGGAGCAAGUUUUCAAGUAGUGGCACUGAUCUUGAGGAUCUCUGUUAUUCUGUCAAUGAGGGCUGUGCAGGACGAAUUAUAAAGCUAGACAGAAAUCCAAACAUUUUCAUUCGUCCCAAUCUCUAACAUUUUAGCACUUUACUUUUUUGUCCCCUAUGUUCAUGCCUCAUCAGUUUGCUUUCAGCAGCAUGUAUCCUUCAUGAGUUAGAGAGGAUAUGGCGUAUAUUUAUUGAAGCAGCAUUCAGCGCCUGGCUGCAGGUGUGAGUUUAACACCAACAUGUGGAAUCUCAGCAGAGAAAAAGAUGAAGGCCCCAGAGAUUACUGGAAGGAUAGAUCUAACAGUUCUUAAAAUGGACUUGGUAACCUGCAGGGAAAGCUUCACAGUUUUUAUUUCCUGAUGGAUGUAUUUUACUGUUGAUCAGUCUCAAAUCUCUCAGCUCUUGGGAAUGAACGCAUCCUGAAGCAUCAGUUUUGUUCAUCCUUAGCCAAAAGUGCUCUACCUGCAUUUGCCAAAGAGAAGUUUUUGUUUUUUCUUUGCUCAUUACUCCAAGCCCUGGUUUCAUCCAUCAUCCCCCCCAAGUACCACGAUGUACCCAACCCCUUGGCUUCCUUAUAAAGUAGUGUGUGCACAAUGUUAUUCAGAUAACUCAUGCUCCAGGUAUUUCUCAGAGAGAGAGAGAGUGAGAGGGAUGUGAAGACGUCUGUGUUUUCAUGUAAUUUGACGUUCACAAACCUGCCGUUUUUAAAUCUUAGCAACUGUUUUAAUGUUUUAUUACUCUCCUUCCUGUUGCUCUGUGCCAUCUCAAGAACAAUCAAGCUGCACUUUAGCAGUCUGGAGCUUGCUCUGUCACCCAUGUCGGUGUUAUAUGGGGACUGUUAAUGUUGAAAGCUUUUCUUUUUUUUUCUUUUAAUGAGUCACUGAUCGAGAAAUGUUCUGCUGAAAGGUUGCACAGAAUGGAUGGAGCUUCAGAGCCAAGCUGUACAAUGAACUAAAUAAAGUUGACUGCUGAAUUGAAUGUAUCACUGCUAUGUUUAGAUGUUUAACAUGCUGUUUUAACACAAUACCUGUAUUGUUAUGGUAUGAAACUUCUGUGACUGAUGGAAAAAAACAUCUAAGGGAGUAAAUGAGCUUACAACCUAUAAAAUAAAGAUUAUUUGCUACUUUA